AAGGCAAAAGGUACAAAAAAACCCCUCAGGUUUCACCAAAAGAUCAAGACAGCCCCUAAACUCUUUUUGGGGUCAAGACAGCCCCUUAAGUUUAUUUUAGGGACAAAAAACCCCCUCCGUCCCUAUCCUUCCGUUUAUUCGCUGACGUGUCCGUUAAACUAACUGCCUCUGUCAUCUCACGUUAAUGAAUUGCUGACAUGGCACAGUGAUGAAUGCUCUGUCAGCAAAUUUAUUACCGUUUGGUAAUAAAUUCAAGAAAUCAAAAUCCCUAACCUCUCAAAAUCCCUAAUUUCCCAAAAUUCCUAUUUCUCCACUCCCUUUCAAGUUCUUCUACUCAACUAGUGAAUUCCCUAAUUACGAAAUCUUGAAUGGAAGCCUCUCAUUCUACAGCAUCGGUUUAUAGCAGUCGAGAAGAUGUCACAUUCAAUCGCGACAGAAGACUUCGUGCUCCUGUUUGCAAUUGCUGCAAUAUUGCAAAAAUAUACACCUCAUGGAAAGAAACUAAUCCAGGAAGAAGAUUCUAUGGAUGCCCUAAUUAUCAUGUUGGAGGAGGUUGUGGUUUCUUUAGGUGGAUUGAUCCAGAAAUAGGGGAAAGAUUGAUGGUGUUACUGAAUGAAUUGCAUAAUGAAAGACUUAUGCUGAGAAGGGAUAACAGACGGUUGCGCAUAGAUAUGGAACGUGGAUCAGAUGUGAUAGGGACAAUUGAUGAUGUAAGGAGAGCAAUGGAUGAGAAGGAGAUGGUAGAAGAAAAACUCAAAGUGUGUAAUAGGAAGAAAGAGAUGUACAAGUUUGGUUUAGUACUAUCAUGGAUUGUAAUUGGAUUUGUCAUUGUAAUUGCUCUAGUUUGAUGAAAUAAAAUUGGUUUGAUGAAAUAAAAAUGCAAUUGAGUGAA